AUGAGCAGCGAGACGGAAUCCCCCUCGCCGCCGGCGGACGAUAUUGUCAGACAACCUGCAUCGCCAGCCAAAUGGAACAGAACCCCAUUUUAUAAUGCCACCAUCCUGGGCAUUUGCAGCUUCGCUGCACCGGGCCUGUGGGGAGCCAUGAACUCGCUCGGCGCUGGAGGGUUGCAGAAGCCGUACCUGGUCAAUACCGGAAACGCCCUGACCUUCUGCCUCAUGGUGGUGUCUUGCUGGCUCACCAGCGGCCUCGUCAAGUACGUCGGCAUCAAGGGCAGCCUCGUCAUCGGCACCAUUGGCUUCUCGGUGUACAGCGCCGGACUGUACCUGAACAACAGAUACGGGGUCGAGUGGCUCGUCAUCUUCGGCGCUGCCUGCUGCGGUGUCUCGGCCGGUAUAUUCUGGGCGUCAGAGGCGGCCAUCGCGAUUGUCUAUCCGGAACCGAGGAACAGAGGCCGGCUGGUCGCCUACUGGCUCUCCUGGACGCGACUUGGCCAGAUCGUGGGCGGCGCCAUCAAUCUCGGCCUCAAUGCGGACAGGAACCAGGCGGGACAGGUCUCUUGGAAGGUCUACCUUGUCUUCAUUGUUCUCCAGGCGCUUGGCCCUUUUGCUGCCCUGCUCCUAAACAAACCCGAGCAGGUGCAGCGAGCAAGCGGCAAGCCUGUAGAUCUAGCUAUCUUUGACCACCCGUGGAAGGAGUUCAAGGCGACGUCCAAAACUUUCCUCAAGAAGGAGUUUUUACUGCUGGUUUUGUGGAUUGGGCAAGGAGUAUACUCGGAGGCUGUCUUCUUCAGCUAUAUCGCUCUGUGGUUCAGUGUCAGGUCACGCGCACUGGGGUCCUUCGUAUCAGGCAUCGUCGCAGUCAUUGCCGGGAAUCUCCUGGGGCUAUGGUUGGAUCAGAAUCACAUCGCUCUGCAGAAGCGAUCCCGAUGGGCAUUCGCCGUCAUCAUGACUCUGCAGGGCGGGUGGUGGAUUUGGCUGACCGUCAACGUCACUCAGUAUCAUCGAGAGCUGCCGACCUUUGACUGGAGUGACCCUGGUUUCGGGAGGGCCUUUGGCGUGUUUGUGUUCCUCGUGGCUGGGUUCCAACUCAACUACAACUUCGCCUUCUUUUUAAUCGGGCAGAUCUCGAAGAACUCGCAGGAGACGAUCCGGCUUUCGGCGCUUCUGCGCGCGACUGAGUCGGGAUGGCAGGCGAUCAGCUACGGCUUGGGUUCCGUCCCACUCUUUGCCUCGAUUGGGAGCGUCUACCUCAACUUUGGGCUCUGGGCGGUCUCCAUCGUACCAGCAUGGUUCGUUGUCAGCCGGGUUGGAGAGCUGUACCGUGCGCCGCAGGAUGAAGAGCAAGUGGAAAAUACUCAGCUGGCGUCUAGUGACGAGAAGGGACACUCAGCAACCGUUAGUCCAGGGCUGUAA